GAAAAAAUUAAUGAGAAACCAUACGAUGGAAAACCAGCAAAAGUAAUAGCGUUACGUAAAAAGUGGGGCGGAAGAUUUAAAAUUUGAAAGGGUGAAGUAAUCCACGUAUGAGUGCCCAUAUGCACCUCAUAAAUCUCAAAUUACACAACAUUUUCAUAUAUUUUGAGGCCUCGAUUAUCUACAGAAUUUGGGCAUGCACGUAGCUCAGCAGAAACGUAUAUCCCAACACCUAUUGCUUUUUUUUUUUUCAAAAAUUUGUUACAACCAAAGAAAGGAAAAAAUCCACUCAAACUCUAGCUCCUAGGGUGACUCGAACCCCCGACCUAUUGGUUGGAGGGGAAGCGUCUUACCAACAGACUGCGCUUCAUCAUCAUCCCAACACCUAUUGCUUCAUCUGGAAAAUAAUUAUUUCAAAUAAGGAAAAUCAAAUUACUAAUAGUUAAUCUGUUAUUGAUGAGUAGUAAAAUGAAGUAAAAUCUCUUCUUUCAUGAUCAUCAAUCAUCCCAAAUAUAACUUGAUGACAAACACGAUGGUUAGAAUUGCUUUUUUCCUCAUUUUGCUAAUUUCAAAAUGAAUUAAUAAUUCAUGCCAUUUUUGCAUCGACCACGAGUAUUUCAUUCAUUUUGCUUGUAUUGUUAGCCUACUAUUUAUGAUCAACAUAGAAAAGUUGCAAUCUUUAUGCCUUUUUGUCUUAACUGCAUCCAUUUUGAUGAGCUUUUGGUGCCUAUAUAUAUACACACACUCCUGUUACAUAAUGUAUGAAUAAGUCAUCCCAUUAUGUCUCAUUUGUUCUAUAACUCCUUAUUGAUAUGGCCACUAUUGCUGAUGACGUCCUUCUCUCUGAAACUUCCAAGCAAAGCUGUAGAACUUUCCAGAAUCCAGCAUCUGAGCAAGAGAGACGACCAUUCUAUCGCAUUUUUGGCUGUGGGAGAUUGGGGAAGAGAUGGGAAUUUCAACCAAUCUAGAGUUGCUACUCAGAUGGGAUAUGUUGGAAAGAAACUGGGAAUCGAUUUUGUGAUCUCCACCGGUGAUAACUUCUACACUAAAGGAUUGAAGGGCGUAGAUGAUCGAGCAUUUCAAACAUCAUUUACAAAUAUCUACACUGCCAAAAGCCUUAGAAAGCCAUGGUACUCAGUGUUGGGGAACCACGAUUAUCAGGGGAACGUCGAGGCUCAGUUAAGUCCAGCACUUAAAAAACUUGACAGAAGAUGGAACUGUAAGAGAAAUUUCAUAGUUGAAGCAGGAGCCGCGGAUAUCUUCUUUGUUGAUACGACUCCGUUUGUACAGAAGUACUUCGACAAUCCUAAGAAGCAGGAGUUUGAUUGGAGAAAUGUGUUUCCAAGAGAGAGAUAUCUCUCUUCCACCUUAAAAAAUCUGAAUUUGUCACUGGAAAAUUCCAAGGCACGUUGGAAAAUAGUGGUUGGACACCACACAAUAAGAAGCAUUGGAUAUCAUGGUGACACUCAAGAAAUGCUAGAUCACUUUCUCCCAGUUCUUGAGGCUCAGAAGGUGGAUAUGUACAUCAAUGGGCAUGACCACUGCUUGCAGCACCUUAGCAAUGGGCGCGGCUCAAUGCAGUUCCUAACAAGUGGGGGUGGUUCAAAGGCUUGGAAGAAUAUAAUCCAUUAUGGAAUGCACAAUGAGAGCAUGCACUUCUACCAUGAUGGCCAAGGCUUCUUGUCUGUAGAGGUUGCUCGGGAUAAUGCCAAGAUAGCAUUUUACGACGUUUCUGGGAGACCUCUUCAUCGUCUCAAACUCCAAAAGGGAAACAAAAAGAAGCUAUUUACCUAAGCGUUCAAACAGAUUUCAGCUGCUGUAAAAUAUAUACAUGCUGUAUUGUAAUGUGUUUUGUGUUGACAUGCAACAUUGUUGUUUUCUUUGGGUAACCAACUUCUUUGAUCUUACAUCAGCGUCAUGUCGAAAGUUUGAACCUAUUUAUUUUUAUAUAUAAA